AUGGCUGAAAUUGUUGUAUUAAUAGAAGGCAUAAAGGACGAAAUUGCCAAGCACCUUUUUCGGGCGCUGCGCUUUACGUUCCAUCGCAAGAGUAUUCUUGCAGGCUGCUUAGAAAUGAACGGCCUGGCAAUUUCCUUAUUAAACCCAAACUAUAACGGAGUCUCUCCAAACGAGCUCAAGUGCAGAGAGUACUUCAUAAGAAUAGCCAAGAGCAAAAACGUGCUCCUCAUAAACGACAUUGAGUACCGGAGAGAAGACUACUACACCGCAGAGUACAACACAGACACAAAGUACAUACUGAUUAUAAAGGACACAAGCAGAGCAGGGCCUGCACACCUGCCAAGAUCCCUGAGCAACGAAGCCCUCCAGAGCAUGGACAGCACGCACAUAUACAACGGGAACAGCCCAAUGGAGGGCUCGGAGUACUACACAAUGUACACGCACUGCAGAAACUACAAGGAAAAGCUGGUCGUUCUCCUGUGCAACAUAAAGAAGAGCCUCCUGAGCUGCCACAAGCUUCGGGUUGUGCACAAGCUGUACCUCCUCACCCGGUAUAGCAACCUGUGCGUGCUGAACACCGGGUACAACGUAUUCUACAAAAGCAGCUGCGAUGUUCUAGAGAAAGUCAGCGCACUCCUGCACAGCAUGAAGAACAAGUACACGCUGUUUAUAUACACAGGCGGACAGGCCGAGAGCAUAGUAAAGAAGCACAGCAUAACAGACGUGAUCGUGAUAAGCGCGAAGGGAAAGGACCCGGGAAGCCCGAUACAAAGCAAGCCCGGGCUGAACAUCGUAAAGAUAGAGAUUCCCGUGCGCAUUGAGAACAUCUUGGCAGAGAUUGAGAAAACAGCCAAAUCCCUGCUGAUUUGCGAUGUUUCCGUGGCGAAAACCCUCAUACGGCACAUCAAGCGGGAGGAGACAGAGACAAAGCUGGGCAGAAAUGUUUUGGUGAAACUGAUGGUUAAAGGCUUUGAGGUGACAGAAAAGAAGUAUGAUGUAAAGUAG